UCUAUGGUUAACUUUUUAAGCAAGCGAGUGGCGUUCAGUUGAGUUCCGUACAAAUAUUUAGCAAAACCAAGAGUUUUACACAAGUAUAUUUCUGGUAAAGCAUCAUUAAUAUAAGAUUGUUUCGUGCGUUAUUUUGUACAGUUAAAAGAAAACUAAAUUAUUAAACAUGAGUGGAGAACGUCCAAAGCGCCCCCUAUCUGCCUAUAUGUUAUGGCUUAAUGAGAACCGCGAACAAAUUAAAAAAGACAAUCCUGGCAGUAAGGUAACAGAUAUUGCUAAAAAGGGUGGUGAACUAUGGCGUGCAAUGAAGGAUAAAAGCGAAUGGGAACAAAAGGCUAUUAAAAUGAAGGAAGAUUACAACAAAGCAGUUAAGGAAUAUGAAGCAAAUGGUGGUACCGAUACAGGUGCUGGUAAGAAGCGUAAGAGCAAGGGAGCCAAGCCAGUCAAGAAAUCAAAGAAGAAAGAGACUUCUGAAGAGGAAGAAGAGGAGGAUAGCGAGUAAACUUCUCUAUUAAAAUAUAACAUCAGAAAACUUAAGUUAAAACAUUUAAGUAAAUUAAUUUAAGACUUACAUUCAUGUAAUAAAAACUCAAAAAAAAAAUUGACAAAAACAAAAAUCAAAAAAAAAAACAAUAGAAAAUAUUUAUAAUGUUAAAUCUAAUUGCUGGCUUUUCAACUUUUAACUUCUUUAAUAUAACUUGAUAUCUACACAUGUGGCAAGUGUUUUAACCAAUUAUGCCAAUUGUUGAGACACCGAUAACAACUUAA